AUGAUUGGCAACAUCUACCUCAUCACGGCGAUUGCUGUCAUUGGCGGCUCGCUCUUCGGCUUCGACAUCGCGUCGCUGUCAGCCAUCCUGUCGACCAACCAGUACCGCUGCUACUUCAACGACGGGCCGCGGGGACCGCCCUUUGACGACAGCGUGACGUGCAGCGGCCUGACGUCGCUGCGCCAGGGCGGCGUCACGGCGGCCAUGUCAGCCGGCUCCUGGCUCGGAGCCCUCGCAUCCGGUCUGGUGACGGAGCGGUUCGGCCGCAAGCGAGCCAUCAUGCUGGGCUGCAUCAUCUGGUGCGUCGGCUCGGCCAUCAUCUGCGCGUCGCAGGCCGUUGCCAUGCUGAUCGUCGGCCGCAUCAUCAACGGGCUGGCCGUCGGGAUCGAGUCGUCUCAGGUGCCGGUCUACGUGUCGGAACUGUCGCAGCCGUCACUGCGCGGCCGCCUGGUGGCAGCCCAGCAGUGGGCCAUCACCUGGGGGAUCCUGAUCAUGUUUUACAUCUCCUAUGGCUGCUCCUUCAUUGGAGGCGAUCCCUCGACGGCUACCAAUCCGGCUGCCUUCCGCAUUCCCUGGGCCCUGCAGAUGCUCCCGGCCAUCGGGCUCUUCUUCGGCAUGAUGCCGCUGCCCGAGUCCCCCUCCGCUGGGCUGGCCAGCCACGGCCGCUGGGCGGAGUGCAGCGCCGUGCUGACGCUGGUGCACGGCAAGGGCGACCCGGACUCGGUGUUUGCGCGCGCUGAGCUGGCCGAGAUCCGCGCCGUGGUCGAGUUCGAGGCCCGCAACCGGGACGCGACCUACUGGGAGCUCUUCCGGUCCAAUAUGCUGCACCGCACCCUCAUCGGCCUCUUCUGCCAGAUCUGGUCGCAGCUGACGGGCAUGAACGUGAUGAUGUACUACAUCAGCUACAUCUUUGCCAUGACGGGCUACAGCGGCAACGCCAACCUGCUGGCGUCGUCGAUCCAGUACGUGAUCAACGUGCUGAUGACGGUGCCGGCGCUCCUGUGGAUCGACCGGUACGGCCGCCGCAACGCCAUGCUUGUCGGGGCCGGCCUGAUGAUGGUCUGGAUGUAUGCCAACGGUGCCAUCAUGCGGACAUACGGCACCGUGGUGCCCGGCGGCAUCGACGGCGUGGCCGCCGAGUCUAUGGUGGUUGGUGGUCCGGCCGGCAAGGCCGUCAUCGCCUGCACGUACCUCUUUGUCGCCUCGUAUGCGCCGACCUGGGGUCCGGCCUCGUGGAUCUACCCGCCUGAGCUGUUCCCGCUGCGGCUGCGUGGCCUCGGCGUGUCGCUGGCCACGUCGGGCAACUGGGCCUUCAACACGGCCCUCGGCCUCUUCACGCCCAUCGCGUUCCAGAACAUCAUGUGGAAGACGUACAUCCUCUUUGGCGUCUUCGGCACCUGCAUGUUCCUGCACGUCUUCUUUCUCUUCCCCGAAACGGCCGGCAAGACGCUGGAGGGGACCCAGGCCAUGUUUGAGGACCCGGCCGGGAUCCGGCACAUCGGCACGCCGGCCUGGAAGACCCGGGUGCAGUACAGCAAGGCGACCGGGCUCGAGACCGGCAACAUCGACCCGGAGAAGCUGGCCGCGCUCGGGCUGCGGACCAAGGCAGAGGUGCCGGAGGUGGAGCACCACCAGGGGAUGGAGGAGUGA